AUGCCCAUGAGACCAGGGAAGUGAGCUUGUCCCUAGAGGAGGCUCAGCAGGUCCCACCAGUAGGGAGAGCAGUGCCUGUGAGUGCUUCUGGACCUCAAGCUCUCCUCACAGAGGGAGGGACACAACAGACUGCAGACACCAUGGAGUCCCCCUCAGUCCCUGCACACAGAGGGUGCGUUCCCCCGCAGGGGCUCCUGCUGGCUGCCUCACUCGUAACCCUCUGGAGCCUGCCCACCACUGCCCAGCUCACUAUUGAAUCAGUGCCGCCCAGUGCUGCCGAAGGGAAGGAUGUGCUUCUCCGUGUCCACAACCUGCCUGGGGAUCUAAUGGGCUAUAUGUGGUACACAGGGGAAAUAACGGACGUUGACCUUCAAAUCGUAUCAUAUGUAAUAGACACUCAAACAACUACUCUCGGGCCCGCAUACCGCCAUCGAGAGACAAUAUACCCCAAUGGAUCCCUGCUGUUCCAGAAAGUCACCCUGCAGGACACAGGAUACUACACUCUACAAGCCAUAGACAAAGAUUUUCGGAGCAAAAGAGUAACUGGACAGCUCCGUGUAUUCCAGCCAGUGGGGAAGCCCGCCCUCCGAGCCAGCAAUGCCACAGUCACAGAGCACAAGGACGCCGUGGUCCUGACCUGCCUCACCAAUGACAGGGGCAUCUCCAUCCGGUGGCUCUUCAAGAACCAGAUUCUACCUCACAAGCACAGGAUGAAGCUGUCCCCGGACAACAGCAUCCUCACCAUAGACCCUGUCAGGAGGGAGGACGCUGGGGGCUUUCAGUGUGAGGUCUUCAACCCCAUCAGUUCCAGCAAGAGUGACCCUCUCGAGCUGGACGUACAAUAUGAUCCAACACUACCAAGUCCUGGCCUCUCAGUUGGGGCUAUGGCCGGCAUCGUGGUUGGCGUCCUGGCUGGCGUAGCUCUGGUAGCAACGUUGGCGUACUUCCUGUGUAUCAGAAAGACUGGAGGGGCAAGCGACCAGCGCGAUCUCACAGAGCACAAACCCUCAGCUUCCAACCACAGUAGGUAAAGCCAUCACCAGUGA